GCCCCAAAGCGCGUCCUCCUCCUCCGCCCUCCUCCUUCUGAGCCAGAAGCUGAGCAUCGCGCAGAGGGCGGAGACACCACCUUUGGGCCCCUCUUCCCCUCUCGCCGAGCCCCCUCUCCUUCCCGGCUGACUUGACCCCGCCAUGUCGGUCAUGGUGGAGAUUGGCGACAACCAAUCGGAGAGGAUGACUGCCGACGACAUCAUCGUCCACACGCGGCAGGUGAUGAAAGGUCUGGAGGCCCUGCGCAGCGAAAACAAAAGCAUCCAUCACCGGCUGCAGGAGGCUUUGCUGAGAGACAGGCAGAUCCUGGACGAGAGAGAGGAGGCCGUGGAGGCAGAUGCGGAGGCCGCGGACACGCAGGCGCUGGAACUGCUGGAGGAAAAGCACGACCUGGUCUACAAGAGUCUGGAAGGGAUUGAGCUGGGCAUUGCGGAGGCCCAGAUGAUGGUAGCUCUGUCCUCUCACAUCGGGUCGCUGGAGGCAGAGAAGCAGAAGCUGCGGGCUCAGGUCAAGCGUCUCUGCCAGGAGAACCUCUGGCUGCGGGACGAGCUGGCACUCACCCAGCUGCGCCUUCAGCACAGCGAGCAGUCGGUGGCGCAGCUGGAGGAAGAGAAAAAGCACCUCGAAUUCCUCAACCAGCUCAGGCAAUAUGACCCGAGGGAUGAUCAGGCAGAGAAAGACGACUCGGAGCAGAGGAAGGACAGCCUGUCUUCGCUCUUCCCCAACGAUGACGAUGAGCCGAGGCCGGCAGGAGGGAGCCCCAGCGCAGCCGCUUCGGCCGCUCAGCAAGGGGGCUACGAGAUCCCGGCGCGGCUGCGGACCCUCCACAACCUGGUGAUCCAGUACGCUUCCCAGGGGCGCUACGAAGUGGCCGUCCCCCUCUGCAAACAGGCGCUGGAAGACCUAGAGAAGAGCUCCGGCCACAGCCACCCGGACGUGGCCACCAUGCUGAACAUCUUAGCCUUGGUUUAUAGGGACCAGAACAAGUACAAGGAAGCCACACAGCUGCUGAACGAUGCCCUCGAUAUCCGGGAGCAGACCCUGGGUGUGGAGCACCCCGCCGUGGCUGCGACUCUUAAUAACCUGGCCGUGCUCUAUGGCAAGAGGGGGAAAUACACGGAAGCCGAGCCGCUCUGCAAGAGAGCCUUACAGAUCCGAGAGAAGGUGUUGGGCACCGAUCAUCCAGACGUGGCCAAGCAGCUGAACAACCUGGCGCUCCUGUGCCAGAACCAAGGGAAGUUUGAGGAGGUGGAGCAGUACUACCAGAGGGCUCUCUGCAUCUACCAGACCCGGCUGGGGCCGGACGACCCAAACGUGGCCAAGACAAAGAACAACCUGGCAUCAUCUUACCUGAAGCAGGGCAAAUACCAGCAGGCUGAGGAGCUCUACAAGGAAAUUCUUUCCACGCAUGACCAGGAUUUGGGCGUCAGCAGAGGCGAUGACAGCAGAACUGGAGCCGGAAGAGGCGCUCUGUAUAGCCAGGACUCCCUCGGGAACCUGAGGCGCAGCAGCUCGUUUUCCCGCUUCCGCGAGUCCCUCAAGCGAGGCAGCGAGAAACUCGUCUCCAAACUCAAAGGGGAAGGCGGCCGGCGACCCAUUGCAGCCUCGGCCCCAGGGAUGAAAAGGGCCACUUCCCUGAAUGUCUUGCACGUGGGCGAGAGAGCAGCUUCCGCGUCCCCGACGCAGCCCGGCAGGACCCUGACCGGCGCCCGGACGCUGAGCUCCAGCUCCCAGGACCUCAUGCAAAGCGGCUCCACUUAGGCCUGGCCUGGCCCCCCCCCUUCCAC